UCAUUCAAAUAUGAACUUCAUAUUGCUUCGAAAGAGCUUGAAAUUCGUAAUGAGGAGAAGAACAUGAGUGUGCGGUCUGCAGAAGUAGCUAACAAGCAGCACCUGGAAGUAGUAAAAAAGAUUGCUAAACUUGAAGCAGAGUGUCAGAGGUUACGGGGUCUUGUUAGGAAAAAGUUGCCUGGCCCGGCUGCGUUGGCCCAAAUGAAACUUGAAGUUGAGACUUUGGGGCGGGAUUAUGGAAACUCACGUCUCAGGAGGUCUCCGGUAAAGCCUCCUACUUCACACUUGAGCCAACUUCCUGAAUUUUCACUUGAUAAUACACACAAGUACCAGAAAGAAAAUGAGUUACUUACUGAACGUCUAUUGACAAUGGAAGAAGAAACGAAGAUGUUGAAAGAAGCAUUGGCAAAGAGCAAUAGUGAACUGCUAGCCUCCAGGAGUAUGUCUACUAAUGCGGCCCAUAAUUUACAGAAUCUAGAAGUUCAACUGCAUGCCAAUGGUAAACAUAAAAGUCCUCCAAAAUCCAGUGCUCAUGUCCCUAUUGAAGGUUGGUAUAGUCAAAAUGCAAGUAAACCAUCAAGCUUGACCUCCACGUCUGAAGGUGGAAAUGAUGAUGAUGCAAGUGUUGCUGGAUCAUGUGCUACAGUGUUGAUGCCUGAGCACACUCAUUUCAAGAAGGAAAAAAAUGUUGAUAGUCCACUCAAGUCUGGAAGUGCGAAUCACCUGGACCUUAUGCAUGAUUUUCUGGAGAUGGAGAAAAUAGCAUAUUCUUCGAAUGAUUCGAAUGCAGCAGUUUCCAGUUCAGAUUUAUUGGGUAAUAUGCGAAAUGCAAUAUCUGAAACUGUAAACUAUGACACUUCAAUAGAAGCCGCAGCCAGCACGGGUUUGCAAUCGAAGGAUAAUCUUGAAUUGGAAACACCAGUUUCUUCUAAUGAAGUGAUAGCACCAAUUCCUCAUGAGCAUGUAGAACCGCUCACCUUUUUGAAGCUUCAAUCAAGAAUUUCUGUAAUUCUUGAGGCAGUGUCCAAGGAAGAGGACAUGGAAGUGGUUUUGGAGGACAUUAAACGUGUUGUACAGGACAUGCAUGAUACUCUGUAUCCCAAGUCAUCAAAUCGUGUUGGUGAGGCAGCACAUUGUUCGGACACUGCAUGUGACCACAAGAAUGGUGCUGAGGUGACGGAAGAAGAGAAUAUAUCUUCUUCUGGAGAUAGUAAACUCAACACUGAGACUCUGCACAUCAUUAACCAAGAUUUAGUGGUAGCCAUUUCUCAGAUUUAUGACUUUGUAAUGAUUCUUAGUAAAGAGGCUAAGGCUAUCCAGGUAACAUCUUGUGAUGGAGGACUGAAUGAUAAAGUGGCCAUGUUCUCUGCCAAAUACAAUGAGGUUCCUAACUGUAGGACAAAUCUAAUGGAUUUCGUUCUUGACCUGUCUCUUGUAUUAAGCAAAGCAAGUGAGCUCCACUUCAGUGUCCUGGGAUAUAAAAAUUCUGUAGUGGAAACUGGUAGUUCUGAUUGUAUAGACAAGAUUGCUUUACCAGAGAAUAAGGGUACUUUAGACUCGUCAGCUGAGAGAUAUUCAAAUGGUUGCACGCAAUUUUCUGAUUCCACUUCCGACCCUGACAUUCUACAUGAUGCGAAUCUUGUUCCAACAUCUGAAUUGACAGCCUCUUCAUGGAAAUGCUUGUUGGAGGAGUUUGAACAAUUGAAAUUGGAGAAGGAUAAUAUGGAAAUUGACCUGGUUAGAUGUACUGAAAACCUGGAAAACAACAAGUCGCAUUUACUGGAAACAAAACAGCUUCUUUCAGAAGUUAAUACACAAUUAACAUCAUCUCAAAAGUUGAACAGCUUGGCUGAGACACAGCUCAAAUGCAUGGCAGAGUCUUACAGAUCACUUGAAGCACGGGCAGAGGAGUCCCAAACUGAAGUGAACCUUCUCCAGGGGAAAAUAGAAACUCUGAAUAAUGAGCUGCACGAGGAGAGAAGAAAUCAUCAAUAUGCGCUGGCCAGAUGCAAAGAUCUUCAAGAAGACCUGCAAAGGAUUGAGAGUUAUUCUGCAGCUGAUAAUGAUGCCAAGACCAACCAGGAGGGGUUGGCAGCCGCAGCAGAGAAGUUAGACGAGUGUCAAGAGACCAUAUUUCUUCUUGGAAAGCAGUUGAAAGCUUUACGUCCUCAGUCAGAAGCUACAGAUUCACCACGCGGAUGGAGGUCUCAGAAAGGUGAAGGCUUCAAUGACGAAGAACCAACUAAAAGCGGAGUGAAUUUACAAGAAAUUGAUCCAAACGAGGACACUGCCAAUUCUAUCAAUUUGCAGAGAGUAGGCUCGAAUUCUUCCCUGGGUUCAUGCAGUGCCCCAUUUAAUCCUUCUGAUUCUGAAUUCAACAAUCUAUUGAGAUCACCCGGCAGCUCAAAGAAUCCAAAACACCAACCUACUCAGUCGGCAUCCUCUUCCUUGUCAUCGACUCCUGCACUGGAGAAAGAUUCCCGUGGCUUUAGCAGAUUUUUUUCCUCCAAAGGAAAGAAUAGUCACUAGUGCCUGCAUUUUAUUUCUAUAGGUCAGUUAAAAAGUCAAACCUGAAGCAGAAAUUGGUUGCACAUCUGUAAAUAAUGAUCAAGAUCCAUUCCAACCUGCCAUGUGUGGACCCCAUGUGUGGGGUCCACCCCCAUAUGUGUGCACCUUUACAGACCCUUCAAAAGGGUCUGUGCAGGUAGCACAACUGAUUUUGAGAAGGGAUUCCAAAGAAAUGAUCUGGCUACCGUACGAAGGAUUAAUUGCGCUUUAAGAGUAAAUCAGCCUGCAGUAAUAGAUUUGGGAACCUGUUGCCUACUAGGUCUCUAAGCUUGUUUCGAUCCAUAGUUCUAAACAAGACUGGACAAUACAAUACACAAGAUUUAAGCAUCUCUUCUUUAUGGUACACUGUCCAAUCCUUUACAGGUUGUCCCUUUGUUUGAGUCAAAAUUCAUGUACUCAGAAGGUUCAGUUCACAAAGUGGCUUAAUAUUUGGUCAACUCUAAAGUGGUCCGAAGUGAUUACUAUAAGAUGUAAGAUAAUUUUUGAGUGACAUGAUCAUUUUUACCGACCUGAAAUUGUUUGUUUGCUCAGAACUUCAGAUGAACAUGCAGUUGCUUUACUUUUU